UGAACAGGACUGCACAGUACCACUUCUGUCAACAACCUGCUGGCCAUGCCACCCCCCAGCAGACAUGUGGACCAUUCCAGCAGCCUGAAAGGCCUAGACCUGGCUGUGAUUGGUCAAGAGGACCGAGACCUUGUGAUUGGUAGAGAGGACCAGCCCUGUACAGAUGGGACUGAUGACAUCACCACGCAGUACAGACAAGUACAGUCAGCCGUACGUACAACUAGAGAGAAAUCCAAACAAAAGGUAAAAAUUCAGCUUGAGAUGAAGCAGGGAGUAGAUGCCAUGAUGAAGGAGGUAGAGAUGCAGAAAGCAAAAAAUGAGAAAGCGGAGAAAAUCCUCAUAGAACAGACGACAGAAAUGAAGAAAAAAAUGCAGAAACUUCAGGAGACCAACAUGAGCAUGGAGACAGCAAUGGAGCAGCUUCAGGAGACCAACAAGAACAUGGAGGCCAGAAUAGAGGCACUGCUGACAGCCAAGCAACCAGUGAAGAGUGGAAGUCAGCAAAAGUAUCCAAGGGUGGGACAACCAUGGGUGGAGAAAGUCAGCUUUGGGGGAUAUGGAUCAGGUAGGGGGGAAUUUAGAGGUCCUUGUGGAGUAGCUGUCUCACAAGACAAUGAGGUUUACAUUGCUGAUCGGGGUAACAGCAGAAUCCAGGUGUUCACAAUGGAUGGUGUUUAUAUCAGAGAGUUCACAACAGGUCUGCCAGGGGACACUGAUGAAAAGUUACUUCGUAGUACGCCAUGGGAUGUUGCUGUAGAUAGAAAUAACAACCUGUGGGUAGUGAGUAAGCAUCGUGUAGUGCAGUAUUCUAAGGAAGGUACCCGUUUGGCCACAAAAGAUCUGCCAUUUAUUGAUGAUGCUGAUAUUAGAUGGUUCCGUGGAAUAACUGUAUCUAUGGCAACAGAACAGGUGAUUGUUACAGAGUAUGAUGGGCAGAAUGGUCAACUCCGAGUGUUUAACCAAGAUGGUUAUCAGGUGGGGAUAUAUGGGGCAGGUCAUAGGGCACCAAAGCCUUGGUGGCCACGUUAUGUCACUGUGGAUGGGGAGGGGAACAUUCUGGUCACUGACAGCAACAAUCACUGUGUCCAUGUCUGGGACAGAAAGGGGAACUUCAAGUUCAAGUUUGGGAGUGAGGGAUCUGAUCAGCUGAAAAAUCCUGAGGGCAUUUGUGUUGAUGGGAAGGGAAACAUCAUUGUAGCUGACAAAGGAAAUCAUUGUGUGAAAAAGGGCAGUUAUGGCAGAUUUCUUUCUUACAUUGUAAGAGGUAUGAAGGAUCCCCAGGCUGUUGCUAUGUCACCAGGUGGAGAUGUGGUGGUGACUGAUGAUAAGACUAAGACUGUAUCAGUCUGGACACAGGGUUAGUGCUGUAUCAUACAGGGGAAACAGCACCAUUCUUAAAACAAAAAAAGUCACUUCAAAUAAAAGUUUCAUAGUGUCAA